AUGAAAUUAUUACUUACUCUCCUUGUAAUUUUACUUACAUUCUCUAUUGUUUCAUCUGAAGAGGCUUACUUUGCUUUUAAGACACAUGGAAGUGAUCAUGACUUUGUCUUCAAAUUAACAGAUCCAGAGAAAAUUAAAACUGCAAGAAAAAUUUUAUCAGGAGAUGAAACUGAAACUACACAUGUAAUGGGAAGAUUUAAAAAGACUCAAAAACCAUAUAACCCACAUUACAGUUUCCAUUUAGAUCCAGAUCAAAUCUCCUUUUUCCAACUUGCCAUUGAGGUUUGUGAUGCAAACCUUGGAUAUGUUGAAGAACAUCUUGAUGAAGCAUGCGGUGCUUUCUUACCAGGUUGUUUCUACUGCCCAUGGUCAAGUAAAAUAACUAGAGAAGUUCACAUUAAAUAA